UUCCCUUCUUGGUUUAUUUUUACAGACUUGCAGAAAGCUUCAGGCUGACUGCUCACUCUCUGAUUACAAAGCUCGGCAGGCUGAAUGGAUUUACCUACUUUGGAGACAGUGCCAGUUUUCUCUGAAAGAUAGAGGGUUACUUCUUUUGUUUACGCUUCUCGAGUGGAAUACAAGACAAAGGGCUGUCCAGGAUCACCUUGAAAAAAGAUAUGAAAGCACUUUGUGAUUUAAGGAGAUGAGCAAAUGGCUACAAUGGCACCUUCAGAGUUGCUGUUAUUUCUUUUGGCUGCAUUUGCAAGAGCUGAAAAUGAAGAGCACUUUGACCCAGCUGUUUGUCGAUAUGCAUUAGGAAUGCAAGAUGGUACCAUUCCUGACAAGGCAAUCACAGCCUCUAGUUCCUGGUCAGACUCCACAGAGGCCAAGCAUGGCAGGCUGUCAACUGCUGAUGGAGAUGGUGCAUGGUGCCCAGCUGGUCCAGUAUAUCCUGACAACAAGGAAUACAUACAGGUUGACUUACAGCAGCUACAUUUUAUUACUUUGGUAGGAACACAAGGACGACAUGCCAAUGGACAUGGCAAUGAAUUUACACGCUUCUACCAACUACGGUAUAGUCGCAACGGACGUAUUUAUAACACUUGGAAGGACCGUUGGGGAAAUGAGAUCAUCUCUGGAAAUGUAAACACAUAUGAUGUGGUUCUGAAAGACCUGGGCCCCCCAAUUAUUGCCCGUUAUGUCCGCUUCUAUCCCAUGGCUGACCGAGUCAUGAGUGUGUGUUUACGAGUUGAACUGUAUGGCUGUGAGUGGACUGCGGGACUAAAAUCCUAUACAGCUCCAGUUGGUCAUGUGAUGAACUUGUCAGGUGGAAGUGUUUUUUUGAAUGAUUCCACUUAUGAUGGAGCCAUAGGCAGAGGGCUUCAAUAUGGUGGGCUUGGCCAGCUUGUUGAUGGAGUUCUGGGAUUGGAUGAUUUCCUAGAAACCAAGGAAUUAAGAGUGUGGCCUGGUUAUGAUUAUAUGGGUUGGAACCGUGAAGAAGCAGGAAUGGCCUAUGUGGAGAUGGAAUUUGAUUUUGACCAGCUACGCACAUUUUAUAGCAUGCAGGUACACUGUAACAAUCGUUACCAGGAAGAAGUGAAGAUCUUUCGCUAUGCGGAAUGCAUUUUUAAGCGGGACCUAGUAACUCAGUGGGAACCUGAUGAAGUCCGUUUGUCUGUGGCAGUGGAUAUGAAAGAUCCUAGUGCUCGUACCAUCAUCAUGCCACUCCAAGAAAGAGUUGGUCAAAUGAUCCGUUGCAAGUUCUUUUUUUCAGAUAACUGGCUGCUUAUCAGUGAAAUCUCUUUUGUUUCAGCGGCAGGAGGCAUGAUAUCAUCAACGAUGUUAACGACUCCAGUGCCUAUUGUGCCAUCUAGCAAGCCUUCUGUAACAACCUAUAAAAUGGAAAACUUGACUACAACUAACAGCAGCACUCUUGAAGUGGAAGAGUGGAUGAUUACCUCAAACACAGGACUUCCUAUAGCAAAAUAUGAUAACAGCAAUACAUCCAUCCUGGUUGGCUGUCUUGUUGCAAUUAUCCUUCUUUUAAUUAUGGUUAUUUUUAUCAUUCUUUGGCGCCAGUAUUGGAAAAAGAUCCUAGGAAAGACACAAAGGAGGAUUUCUGAUGAUGACCUUAUGGUCCACCUUUCAGUUCCCUGUGACACUAUAGUAAUUAACAAUACUCAGAAUCCACUGACUUCUAGUCGUUAUUGCAGCCGUUACGAACGCAUUCAGCCAUUUGAAGGAGAGCAUGUGACAGUGAAUGAAGCAGAGUACCAAGAGCCUAUUCCUCUUCUACGCAAAAGGCCAGAAUCAUGCAUAUCCAAUGAAAAUUCAGCACCUCUGUUAAACAGACCAGCCUCUCAUGUGUUAUUCUCUGCAGACGCAAGUCAGACCCAAGCCAGCAGAUCAGGAGAUGGAAUCAAAGCUAACAACACUGAUGCAUUUGGAGUAGGUUACAUGCAACCAGAUUUGGUGAAGUCCCCUCCUCUUCAUGAACUGCCACCUCCUUACAGUUGUCCCAGUGGAAUGUCUUCCAUGUCAACUGCUGUCCAGAACAGUGUUCCCCAUUAUGCAGAGGCAGAUAUCAUCAAUCUUCAAGGUGUCACGGGAAACAACACCUACGCUGUGCCUGCAAUCACUGUUGAUGCACUUGCAGGAAAAGAUAUUGCUGUCGGAGAGUUUCCACGCCAGCGACUAAUUUUCAAGGAGAAGCUAGGAGAGGGGCAGUUUGGAGAGGUUCAUCUCUGUGAAAUUGCCAAUCCACAAGACUUAAUGAGCCUAGAGUUUCCUUUUAACAUCCGUAAAGGGAGACCGCUCCUGGUGGCAGUAAAGAUUCUUCGUUCUGACGCCACUAAAAAUGCCAGAAAUGACUUUCUGAAAGAGGUGAAGAUUCUAUCACGAUUAAAGGAUCCCAAUAUAAUUGGGCUACUUGGAGUGUGUGUGCAGGACACCCCUCUGUGUAUGAUAACAGAAUACAUGGAAAGGGGUGACCUCAACCAAUUUCUUAACCAAAGGAAACUUGAGGACAAAGCCUGCAGCACCAGCAACAUAACAACUAUAAGCUAUGAAGCACUUAUAUCCAUGGCAUCACAGAUUGCUUCAGGCAUGAAGUAUUUGGCUUCUCUCAAUUUUGUGCAUCGUGACUUAGCUACAAGAAAUUGUUUAGUGGGAGAAAAUGAUACUAUCAAGAUUGCAGAUUUUGGCAUGAGUCGCAACCUGUAUGCUGGUGACUACUACCGUAUCCAGGGAAGGGCUGUGCUCCCAAUUCGUUGGAUGGCCUGGGAAUGUAUUCUGAUGGGCAAGUUUACAACAGCAAGUGAUGUUUGGGCAUUUGGUGUAACCCUAUGGGAAAUGCUAAUGCUGUGCAAAGAACAGCCAUAUAAUAGUCUGACAGAUGAAGAAGUGAUUGAAAAUGCAGGGGAAUUUUUUCGGGACCAUGGAAAACAGAUGUACCUGACAAGACCAGAAAUUUGUCCACAAGGAUUGUAUGAGCUAAUGCUACAUUGCUGGUGCAGAGACUUUAAAGAUCGACCUACCUUUGUGCAGAUUCAACAUUUUCUUCUGGAAGAGGCUAUGAACAUGGUAUAGGCAGUGGACAGACUGGUAAUAAUAGGGCAUGGGCACUUAAGGCGGGCCUCUAGAGCUCAUCUCUUUCCACUGUCCUUUUUUUUUUUUUAGGUGGUGGCUGCAUUGCAGUUGGCUAUUAUUCUGUUGCUGUACUGGGGCUUAGCAGAAAUAUCUUAAACAUGCUUACUGUGUCUUCAGCAUCAGCUAAUAUUUUUCUAGACUACUGUUUUUUAAAAUUAGAUGUAUAUUUUUUUAACUUAUCAAUGAUAGGUUUUAUGGCUUUGUAUGAUUAGAAAUUAAUAGAACAACAAUUGGGUAGUUGCUUGUUUGUUUUUUUUUUCUUCACUUGUAGGGAACAACUGGAUAUCUUAGGCAAGAGGGUUCCUUAAUAAAAACACUGAAUAUAUACUAAAGCUAAUUUGCACAGCAGAUAUCAUUCAUAUUUAAUUAACUCUUUUAGUACAUUGUAUAUAAGCAAGCCACCCUGAUUAGGAUCCAAGUGCAGCCGUGCAACAGGUGACACCUCAUCACCACACUGAACAGUAUGAGGUUAUUUUACAGUGGUUGGAAUGCCAAUCCAAAUACCCCGGUUUUCCCUGCAAGUUGGAGGACCUGCUUUCAGGGCUGGAUGCAGAUUAAUAUCAUACCCAAGACGGAGCAAUUGUAGGUUAAGGGCCUUGCUCUAGGGCCCAAUGGAGUGGAGUCACUUCUGGUAUCUACAGGAUUUGAAUCAGCAACCUUUUGUUUGCUGGUGCAGAUCCCUAGCCUCAGAGCCACCACUCCGCCUCCGCAUUGCUCAGCUUUAAUUUUGAGGGAAAUUUAAAAACCCAAGGAAGUGGUUUCUUGACUUCCAUUAUUUUAAUGGAAUUGGAACAAUGUCAAUUAACUUCUCCAGACUUCAAGUGUAAAAAAAGUGAGCAAGAACAUUAAACCCCUUAAUAUCUGUCUGGACACACAUUACAAUGAAAAGUGAAAGUAAAAAAUUCAAAUGUAUAGACAUUUGUUGAGCAUUUCAUAUUUGUCAGUGCUUUACUGUGAUCUCCUGGAACUCUGUUGUAUAAAAUAAUUUUUUUCUUAUGUGAUUUGCAGUAAAGAUGAGGUAGAGGGUUAUGAUUUAUUAAUUGUAACAGUUCAAUUAUUAUGUCUUGUGGUUUCAGUUGUGGUGAACUAUUUAUUAUAGGCAUCAUUUCCUGCAGGUAGUUUUAACACUGGAAGUUUACCAUAUGGCUUUAGAAAAGACAAAGUUUAUUUUUAUUUUAUUUUUCUUUUUUGUGUUAGCUAGGGUAAUUAACAAGACACAUUUAUCCUACUUCAUUUAAAAGUUUGAUCUGAAUGAAGAUGAACAUUCUACAGUUAAUGUAAUUUUUUGGUCAUGCCAUGCAUGGCAUCACUAAUAUGAGUAUUGUUAUUAGUUAAGAUUAAAAUUAAAAUAGUCUAUGGCGUCCAUUUUGUACUUCCAGAAAGGAGCAAAUGUAUUUGCUUUUCUACUUGCUCCACAGAUUUUACAGUAUUAAUAGCAGAAGUACCUUAAAUUGAUCCAUCGGGUACAAUAACUGUAAAUCAGCUGCCUUUUUAAAACACUUCAUAAUUUAAUAGAAUGUUUCCAAAGCCACCUUAAAAUUCUAAAUAUUUAAACUGUAUAUAAAAGAAAGAAAUAAUUGACUUUGGAGGAGGUACAAAUAAAUAUUUUUCUACAAAGUAUGAGUGGAUUUUGUACCAUCAGUAAUUCUUCUUUCACAUUUUUGAGGAAUUUUCAGUUUAAACAUUUAUAUGUGCUUUCUGUAGGAUAAAAAAAUUAAUUCUUCGUAGUCCAGUAGUAUUUAAGGACCAUAGACUAAAAUAAAACAUUAAUGAAAGAUUCCAUUUAUUAGGUUCACAACCAACUGGUUUUUUUCUUUUAUUCUUCUUGUAGUUUGAAUACCAUUAUUUGUAUCAUUUGCUAUCUUUGUCAUUGUUGUUCAGAAAUAAUGGAACACUUUGCUGCCUGUUAGUUUUAUUUAUGUUGUGAAACAUUAUAUUGCUGCUUAUUUACCCUUCAUCUUGGAUGGUAUUUCUCACUGGGUUAUGCACUACUUUAGCAUUGCCCAUGCUUGAUCCUGGGGUACUGCUGCAGAUGUUCUUGUUUAUUGUACCCUUUGUUGAUCACACAUGUUUAAUUCAUUGUUUCAUUUCUUGCAUUUAAGAAACUGUGAUUCAUUUUUAUGAGAUGACCUAAUAUUAAUAAUUGGAUAUUCUCCCUCAUGUCUUUUUUUUUGUUCUGAUUUUAAGAAUUAAUUCCACUGCUAAGAUUGUUCCUUUAACUGUUCUAACUAGGUUAAUAUUCAAAUGGAAUAAACAGACAGUAGACACCAGGCAAACAGUAUGCCUUAAAGAGGAAUAGGUCAUUGACUGCCAUUCACGUCCAUGUGCUCAUCAUGGACUAGUGCCUUUAAUAAAACAGAGGAAUAAAUAAUAUCUUAAAUAUUAUGUGAAAGACAAGUCAAUUAGUUUUAUUAUUCAAAACAAGAAAAAAAACUUUUCUAAAGUUCCUUAGUAUGUAAAGCAGGCUUAUACAGUAUGUGGAAUUUCUUUAUUUAUACAUUAAAUGUGAAAACUAGAAAAUACAACCAUGUUAAAUUAAACUAGUGACAAACAUAAUUUAAUCUCUAGUUAAUAAAGACAUUUAAAUGAAAGCCACAAGGCAUGGAGGUACCAAUUUUAGGAAAUAUUAGGCUAGUACAAUUUCAGGUGCAAAAUAAAAUGUUAUGGAAGAGACCUUUACUAAUGUGUCAAACCUUUACAUAUAUGUAUAUCAAACAAUAUUUUUUUCUUGAAAAGGAUAAAAAUUAAGUGUAGUUAUGCCACAAUUAUAGGCUGAAUAUUCAACUUUAAUUCUGAGUGUUCUUCAAAGUUAGUAUCGGAUUAAAUCAGUCAAACAGAAUGUUAUUUAAAAAGAGAAUACAAAUUUAUGUUGCAUUUUUCAUGUAUUCAUUUUUCCAUACCAGCUUAUUUAUGUGAUAUUUGUAGUGCUACUUACAUCGUUGCACAAACUAUAAUAAUGCUAAUUACACAGAAACAGUAUAUUGUUGAAUUACAUAUCAUUCUUUAAAAUUGAUGCAUCAGUUGUUUAUAGAAAGUUUAUAUAGUACAGAUUUAAAAAAGAGAAAAAUGGAAACUCCAAAGUGGCCUCUCCACUGGAAAUUAUAAUAAACUUGCAGAGCAAUCCCUGAUUAUCAUAUCAAGCAAAACCAGCAGACCAGUGCCAUCAGGCUUCUCCGGCACAUCUUGAAGAGACAAGUGGGUUCCUCAUGCUUGUAUGAGACCUGAAAAAUUGGAGAAUUUAAUUCUAAACAACUCCUCUGUUUUUUUCCAGAUUUAUUGCAUGAAUAGAUUUUGGUAGAAAAAUUGUUUGAGUACUAAUCAGGUCAACAUUUGUAUUAAACCUUCAGGAAUGUUUUGCUUCAUUGAUUCCAACAAACUUUUUGUGAAGUGUUUAACUAACAUACAUUUUAUUUAGGUUUUGUACAGUAGUUAGCACUCCUGCCUCAGAAAUCCAUUAUCCUGAAUUUGAAUCCCAUACCUGAACUGAUUUCCUCCCACAAGCCCAUAGACAUGGACUCUGUGAGGGACCAAUGCACCAUCAAUGGUUGGCUGCUGCCUUGCAUACAGCGUUGCCAAAACAGACUUACACCGCCCAUGACUCUGAAGUGGAUUUAGAAAGAGAGUUUGAAAAUGUUAAUGUAUGUUAAAUAAUUAGCAUUUAUAUUACAAAAACUCUUCCAAAUACUUGAGAAAAUAAAGAGGGAAAAUACUGUGAGUUUCAUCUUUGUAAAUUAAAAAUUGAAACCUGAAGAAAUUUUAAUUUUGUACUUGAAUAGGUUUGUUUCAAAUGUGUGUUCCUAAUAAAACAUAAAAUGCUCUGUUUUACUGCAUCCUGCAAACAACUAAUAAAACAUUGAAAUUAUGACAUUUUCUAAUUUUCAUUUUUAAUAUCUGGUAAAUAAGAGCAGUAAUGAAUCACACUGAGGGCAACUUAAAAAUAUUUUGUUUAUUUUGUAAAAGAGUAAAUAUUAUUGAAAAGCACAUUUUGUUCAUUUCACUUGUGGAGUUUAUGCAUUUGUUUACUUUGUCUUUUUAUUAUAUACAACAUGUCCUGUUGCCAAACGUUUUCUAAUUAUAUGUACAUUUUGAAAGUAAAAACAUUUUCAAUUAAUAUAUAGAAUUGUUUCAGAACAAGUAUUUCUUUUUUUAGGUAAUGGAGUAUAAAAAAGCUUAGUUUUUGUUGUUUGUGUAGACGAUUAUUAAACUAAUUGAAAAUAAAAGGCAUCUUGACUAAA